AUGAGCAGCCGGAAACGAAAGGCCGACGAAGAUGGAGACGAAAACAUGUCGCCCAUGAGCUCACCUGCCGUGUCCUCUCGCCCUCUUAUUCGCCCGUCCAAGAAAUUCAGAUCAAAUGAUUUAAUCGGAAGGCCACUCCCUCUGCCUCGGCUAUUGGAAACCCUCGACACAACUCAGCUACGAACAGUCUUGGAACGCAUCUGCGAGCGUCAUCCGGAUAUUGGGCAGGAGGUGGUCUCGCAAGCGCCCCGGCCUACGGUUUCCGCAGCCAUGGACGUCCUGCAGUCAUAUCAAGAUAGAUUAAACGGCGCCGCUCCAUAUGGCAAUAGUAGCGCGGAAUACACCUACGACCGAGUCAAGGCCCCUCUCGUCGCCUUGCUCGAUGCACUCUCCGAUUUCACCCCUCAAUUUCUUCCACCAAUCGAAACCCAGCCUACCAAAUCUCUCGAGUUCCUCGACGGCGCGACCAGAUUCAUUCACAAUCUUCCCAACUGGCAGCCGCAAGCGUAUCGUCACCACAAAGAAAACGCAUACGAAGACAUAUCCAAAGCAUGGGCCUUGGUUAUCAACGAAGCUGCGAAGCGGGGUGGCGGUUUCAACCUACACACGGAUGGAUGGGAUCAGAAACUCGCCCGACAUAACGAGCAAUCCGGUGGACGACUGGGUACCGCCAUCACUGCCAUGUCAAAUAGCGUUGGUUGGAUCUCGAAUGAGAAUGCGGAGCAAAACUCCAUUCUUAACCAGAUUGUGUCGGGUACAUACGGGGCCCCCGUCAGAGUCGGGCCCUGGUAA